CGUGUUUCUGUGUAACGCUUCCGGAUGUUUCUGUCUGAGUGCCGCGAGCCAGAAAAUAAAAUGUUAAAGAAAUAAAAUCAUCAGUUUGUUUUCGAUGGAAGAAGAAGAAUCCGCUGAUCUGAGUAUGGAGCUUUCAUCUUUACUUCAUGACCUUCAUCUCUGCCCCUCCUCCUCCUCGGAGAAGCCCCGCCCCUCUCCCUCCCUCCCUCCAAUCACAGAGCUCCUCUCUCGGCUGCAGGAGAAGCUGAUUGGUGCGUCCUCCGACUCUGAGACGAGCUCCCUGAUUGGUCGCGUGGAGCGUCUCUUCCAAACGGCCGAUCCCCAUUGGCUGUUCUCCCCGGCCAAUCAGGAUGAGGGGUGGGCGGAGCUCCGGGCAGCGUACGGCUCUGUGGUCGGCGCUCUGAUUGGCUGUGCAGCUCUGCCGCUCUGUGAGGACGACUGCGGCUCUCUGCCCGCCGCAGCCUAUCAGAGCGUCCCGCCCCGAGCUGGAGCGGCGUGCUCCGCCCUCGCAGCGCUGCUAGGAACUCUGGGAAACGUAGGCGGUCGGGACGGUCUGCUGCAGACUGUAGCUCCGCCCAUCUGCGUGUUCGCUGUCACACAUUUCCAGGAGCAGGUCUGGACCAGCUCCGCCUCCCGAGCGGCGGCGCAGAGUCUGCAGGAGGCGCUGCUGAGGGCGGGAAGCUGGAGAGACUCCGCCCACCUCCUGAUGGGGGACGGGGGUCAGGAGGGAGAACAGAACAGAGGCAUUCUGGGAGGAAUCCUGGACGUCCUGCAGCCUCAACUGACCAAGGACUCGUGGCAGCGCUGUGAAGCAGUGAAGUUGGUGUUUGCUUGGACUCUGCUGCAGGUGACUCGACCCUCUCUCUCUCCUCACCUGCACCGCCUCCUCCCCCCCUCCCUCCUCCUCAACGACCACUAUAGACCAGAGAACUGCAUUCUGGGAGUUCGCUGUCUGCACCACAUCACUCUCAACACGCCGGCUGCAGAUCUCCAUCAGUUCAACAGAGCAGAAGUCGUUUACCAGGCGUUAUUCAAACACCUGUACACUACAGACUCUGCUGUCAUACAGCCGGUCCUCUGCUGUCUGCUGGACCUGUUGGUGGUUUUGGAGAAGCCCCCCUCCUCGCUCGCCCCCUCCUCCUCCCGCAGGAAGCCCUGUCGCCAUGAUGACGUUCUGCGUUUGGUCCUGACGCACAUGGAGGCGGAGCAUAAGGUGGCGCUGCGCCGCGUCUACGCCUCGGCUCUGCCGGCGUACAUAGAGAGGAUGGGCGUGGCGGUGUGCAGACACCUGCGGCGGCUGGAGCGGGUGGUGCUGGGAUACCUGGAGGUUCGAGAUCCGCCCGAAGAGACGAGUCGGUUGAAGAUCCUGGAGGGACUGCAGAAGAUCAUCAGAGUGGCCUGGCCCCGGAUGGCGUGCCGUGUUGACGAGUUGCUGCGUUGCCUGUUGAACUUGCUGCUGUCUGUCUCUGCAGACUCUGAGCUCGGUGACUCUGUCAGACAGACGCUGAUGAGUGAGACGUCUCUCUGCAUCAAACUGCUGGACGCCGUCUCACACGGGAACCUCCAGCCUCUCCUCCUGCAGGUCGACAGCAGCUGCUGCAGCUCUGAGGUGCUCAGUUGCCUAGCAACAGUAACCAUGACGACAGAGAGGUGAUGCUGCACACCUGGAACACCUGCACUGUAACGGAGCGGCUUCCUGUCAGACAGAACUGAGGGCUGAUUGGCUGCUGGAAUAUAAUUAUGAAUGAGUGAAACAGUUUUAUCACAAAGUUUAUUUAAAGAUAAAAAUCAAAUAGAACAAAGUUGUAAAAUCUGUUUUACAUGUUUACCUGAAGGCACCACGAGUUUCUCACAGAUGCUGCGUUCACAGACGCACAUGAUUCAUGCUCCACGUAUGCUAAUGCUAACCAGUGUGGGGCUACAACAGUAAUCAGUUACACUACUAGUUACUGGAGAAAGUAAUAUUACUACUGUAAUCAGUUACUGCCCAACACUGAUGCUGCAUUCAGGUCAUGUGGGAGUUUCUGACUCAUAAAACCAGCGUUUAGUGAUCAGCUGCAACCAAUAGAUCCAUAUAUUGAUUAUAGGUAGAGCUGGUACUCUGAUUGGCUGUUGAAUAAAGUUGAGAGUGAGAGUAGAAACUGUAUCACAGUGUUUUCAGCAGCUGUAAAGCUACAGUCAGACGUUAUUCUGUUUCUGUUCACUUUAAUGAAGUUACGAUGAUCUGUAACUUAAAUCAGUGGUUUUGUGAAUGGAGUCUGGUGGGCUGCUUUGUUCUGAGACGCUGGAGCUGUAGUGCGACCUCUAGUGUCAGACUGUUGUAUAUCACCAGUAAAGCUCCAGAACAGCCAGUGAAUGUAGUUCAGGGUUGUUUGUGCUCCACCUGUAAACACACUGUACAUCAGUGUGUGAGCAGUGAGUCCAGCUGGUCCACUCUGUGUUUCAGUCCCAGUAAACUGUCCUCAGUCUCCAGUCGUCUCUCCUCCAGAGUCUCCUGCCGAGUCCACAAAGUGCAGCGCAGACGAGCCUCGACAGCAGACGACAAACAGUCAGUGAGCUUUCACUCAGACAGUACAGACAUUAAAGCUCCUCUCAGUGAGUCUGUGCACGCUGUAGGCGUUAACUCUGUGUUCACUACAGACGUUCCAAUGUUCUUUAUUACAACUGCUCAUUAAAGAUUUCUUCAAUAAUCAAUCAGUGAUUAUAAAUCUGUAUCUGUUUAUUAAUAAUAAAAUAUUGUUUACCUUCA